CAGAUCAGAAACAUAAAGAAGAAGCACCAUGUCUUCCCGGAGAAAUGAAGAUCUGGAUGAAUGGUGUGACCCCGAAAACCCAAGAACACUUAAGUUCGAAGAUGUAAUAGCUGCGGCAGAUCUCAUCAAUCCACUCAUAAAACACCCUCCGUGUAUGGCCUCUCACCACCAAAAACAAUUUUGUAUGCCAUUGUAUUACAAAUUAGAAUCGUUGCAAAAGUCUGGGUGUUUCAAAGAAAGAGGUGCCCUGUGCGCUUUGUUGCGUUUGCCACUAGACAAAAGAAAAAUAGGGGUCGUAGUGGCCUCUCUCGGCAACGAAGCUAUUGCAAUGUGUUUCCACGCUGCAAAAUAUGGGGUUCCGGUGAUAGCUGUGAUGCCCAGUUACGUGCCCUUAUCCUACACACAGCGAUGUUACGCCAUGGGCGCUAAAGUAAUUGUGCAAGGAACCACGCUUUACGAUGCACAGAAAUUUGCCCGCGUCCUAGCCAGAGACAGAGGUUUAACUUACAUUAAUGGCCGAGAUCACCCAGAUGUAUUAGCGGGAUACGGAACUAUUGCAUUGGAGAUUAUGCAUGAAAUACCUGAAGUAGAAUUUAUAAUAGUGCCUAUUGGUACCGGAGGUCUCGCCGCAGCAACUGCCAGAGUCGUCAAGCACCACAAGACUAAAUGUCAAGUAUACGGUGUCCAAUCAGAGCAAGCACCGGCUUUCUUCAAACAUCUAGCCGACGAUAUGCCAGGCGUUGGAAUACCUGCCCGGCAUACUAUGGCAGAUGCCAUUGCCGUGUCACAUGUUGGCGUCAACUCCUACGUAAACGCUCAACCCGCUCUCGAUAAAGUGGUGCUGGUCAAAGAAGAUUGCAUAGCCCGAGCUGUCCUCCACAUGAUGGAAGUCCAACGAAUCGUGGUAGAGGGUGCAGCUGCGUGUCCGCUAGCUGCUAUUCUGAGCAACCAACUGCCCGAAUUGAGGAGUAAAAUUGUGGUAUGCGUAGUAACCGGCGGUAACAUGGACAAUAUGUUGUAUACUCGUGCUUUGGACAGAGGCAUGUCUGCCGAAGCCCGGCUCCUCAAAUUUAGGGUUAAAGUACAUGACUCGUCUGUCGAUGUUUCUCAACUCCUUAAACUCAUAGAGGCCGGCGGCCAUGGUAUAGUACAAUAUGAUGAAAUCCAUAAAUGGACGGAAGAUGAGCAGUACAAAAUGGAAAUUUCACUUGUAUGCCGCACUAUGGGUCUGGAUCAUGCAUUAGAAAUAAAAAGAUUAUUAGAAAAGGCUUACCCGUGCGAUGUCGUCUUCGAAACUGAGCCAUUUAAUGAUAAGAGAACUUGCCCGUGUUAUGUCUUCAAAUAUUUGCCAUGUGGAUAGUAGAAUGUAUAGGAUAUACACAGAAAAGUAUAUAAUUUUUUUACCAGGAAAAUUAUGUGUUGCUACAUUGUCAUAGGAGGCAACUCUUCAAAGUAAACAGAAACAGUAACAUCAAAAUAUACCUAUAAUGUUCACGA